UUCUGAUCCUACCAACAUAAUUAUCGUUAAAAAUAGUAUAACGUAGUCAAUAUAGUCAUGCACAACCACGCAUCUGUACAAUUGACUACAUCUAACCACUCUUUAUCUAACAAAGUGACGAUACAAUCGCAUUAAUCUACCUAUAUGUUUCUCGAAUGAGCAUUUUCGUAUUCUACACCUCAUACCAAAUUGUGUCUCUCGAGUGUUGUACUUUUUGCUGCGUCUGUAUACUGAUUCGAAUUUUGAACUGAAAAUUUUAUGAUCGUAGAAAUGGCUGUAAGUAAUAAUGUGUUCCAUCAGUAUAUCAUGAACUCAUCGAUGCAAUGUCCAGCUGUGAUCAAUUGGGAAAACUCGACCGCAUGUUACGAAGGAUUAUUUUUAAAAGACCAAAGUACUGAAUUUCCAGUCGACGCUUGUAAUUGCGAAUGCAAACCGAAGCCAUCAGAAUGGGGUGGAUUCCUACAAAUGAUAUAUACGAUAGGCAUCUACCUUCAAAUUCCAACGCUUAUACUGUCUUUAUAUAAUUUAUACACUACGUAUAAGCUAUAUCAACUCCAUAAAAAUGAAUCAAGAAUAGCUGAAGAUCCUAUGUAUGAACACCUACUUAUAAUUGGUAUAACGCUGCUUGAGUUACGAAAACUUCCUCUAGAAAUCGCCAAGGAAUUGGUGCUCGAAUUUUGCAGAAACGUAGUGAGAAAAACUAGAAGCCUCGCAAUAAGAAACGGUUGAUGAGGAAGCGAAGAAGAUUCGUACUUCGUAGUUCGUAUUCGUUCAUCGGUUCGGCUGUGGCUCGUUUGAAAAUGGCUCAAAGAGUAAAAACGAUAUUAAUUUAUAAUUUCUGAAGUCUGAAAUUAAUUCGAGUGUGAAUAAUUUAUCAAUUUCGGUCGGCAGGGUACAAAAAAAUUAAAAAAUUUUAUAUUCGCAGUGUUGCUAUUUUUAAGAAUUCAAAUUGUUAUACAUAUUUUUUAUUCAAGUUCAUAAUUAAUUAAUUAUAAUCGUAUUUUUUCAGGAAUGAAGUAUUGUAAAUUUCGUUCGAGUAAAUUUAUUCGUUUUGUUGUUUUCCAUGUUCCUUUUUUCAUUCGAGUUUUGUAUUAUUUGAAGAAAAUGUUCGCAGAAUGAAGUACGAAAAAAGAGAAAUUUCGAGUUUUGAAGCAUCACUAGCGCCAUCUACGAUUUGCUCACCACCUCCUGAAUUAUGACUUUGACAAAGUUAAAUGGCGUUCAUUGUUGUUGUUUUCAUGGCGAUUUGGUGUUUAUGUUUUUGACGAUAGGAUUUUUCUAAAAUUCGGAUAAAUUUCUAAUUAUUUCUAGUGUGUUUGAAGUGUUCUUUUAUUACCUCGACCUUAAUUAUGUGUUUGUGAAUUCAGUGUUUCGAUUUCUUCUAGUUUAUCGCCGUAAUAAUCUAAGAAAAAAAUUAGUGUAAUGCCCGACAAAUUAUCAGUUUCCUCGGUACCUGAGCAAAAUUGCUUUACAGCGAUGUAUUAUCCGACUUAAGUAUAUUAUGUGAUGCUAAUUUGGAGAGUUUUCACCUUUACCAAGUCCUCGUAAUAAAUCUCCCAAUGGACAGUAAUGUUUUUAUACGAUAACGAGCGAGAUUUCGUCUCAUAUGGCUCGUACUUGCAGUCAGAUUACCAUGCUAGGAUAUCUUAGUAAUCCAAUAUUUACGCUUUAUACGUUACUAUGGCUGAGUAGCUUGACGGAUUGUUCGGAUAGUAAUUUUUAUACCAAUAAUUGCACGUAUUUGGAGUCAUUUAUCGACUGCAGUGGUCUCAAGUUGACCAAUGUACCGAAUGAUUUACCAUCUUGGACCAAAGUCCUAAAAUUGAAUAAAAAUGAGUUGACGGAUAUGCCUUACUUUCUUCAAGCUUCCAAUGUAUCGCAGUUGAUGUUAGGUCAUAAUCAUAUUACAUCUAUUUCGAAAGCUUCUUUAGAGAAUAUGCCAAAUAUAGAGAUACUGGAGAUGAACAAUAACGAUAUAUCUAAAAUUACCGCUAACGAUUUCCCAAACUUGUACAAAUUGCAGAAUUUAAACCUGAAUCACAACAGUAUAACGAAGAUUGAAAACGGUAGCUUUAUCGGAUUGGGUAAUUUAGCUGAUUUGAAGCUUAAUCGAAACAAACUUUCGGAAUUGAGCGAUAAUAUGUUCAAAGAUCUUAGUUCGUUGAAAACGCUGGAAUUGAACAAGAAUCAGUUUUCGAAAAUUGGAUGGCUUUCGUUUCAAGGCUUGGAUACUUUAUUAAUUUUAAAAUUACGUCAAAACACAAUCGAUGAUCUCGCAGAUGGAGCUUUUUAUAAAUUAUGGAACUUAAGAGAAUUGCAUUUAGAUCAUAAUAAGUUGACAAAAGUGGAUAAAGGCUGGUUAUAUAACAUGAAUUCGUUGAGUUAUUUAAACGUUAGUAAUAAUAAAAUCCAGUUUUUGAAUAAUGGCUGGGAAUCGUGCCCACAUUUGAAGGAAUUGGAUAUAUCGAACAAUCAACUAGAUUCAAUUACACGUUCAACGUUCGAACAUUUAACUAUAUUGGAGCUUUUAAAAUUGGACAAUAACCGUAUCACAUUCAUCGAAGAUGGCGCCUUCGAUUCACUUUCAUCUUUACAAAUUCUCGAUUUGAGCUAUAAUCAUAUAUCGUGGAUUGUAGAGAACCCACAUGGAGCUUUUGCACGGUUACAAGAGCUUACGAAUUUACUAUUGACGGGAAAUGAUAUUUCUCACAUUUCCAAAGAUGCAUUUACUGGUUUAGAUAAUGUGAUUCAGAUCGACUUAUCUAAUAAUACGAUAGCGUCGAUCGAAGACAAUCCUUUUAAAAAUUUACAUAAAUUAAAAGAAUUACUGAUCAAUUCGAGCUCUUUAAUAUGCGAUUGCUCGCUGAAAUGGUUAAGUUCUUGGUUAACUGAUUCUUCGGUGCAGCUCAAGUCUGGGAAUUUAAGUUGCCUUCAUCCGGCUAAUUUAAAAAAGAAGCCAGUACGUUCGAUUCCUUCGAAAGAUUUUGUCUGUGUUCCGAAUGAUCAUCCAUUGCCUCGAAUUACUAUUCAGCCGGAAGACGCUACGUCGAAUGCGGGUAGUAAUUUGACGUUGAGAUGUGGUGCUAAUUCUAGUCUCGAUUCGGAUAUGACGUUCGUUUGGAAAUUCAACCAUCGUCGAUUAGAAAAUAUUCCAUCGAAACGUUACGAAUCAGCUCAAAAUCAAGGAGUUACCCAGUUCUUCGAUUUGCUUUUGAGUUCCAUUACAAUGGAUCAUAGUGGCAUUUAUCAGUGUAUAGUCUCCAACGCGUACGGAGUCGCAUAUUCGAGACAAUCGCGAUUAACAGUAUUCGUAUUUCCCACGUUUACGAAAACACCGGCCAAUGUGGUAUCCAGAGUUGGCACUAUAGCGAAGCUGCCGUGUGCUGCGACUGGAUUCCCUACCCCUGAAAUUGUAUGGAGAAAAGACGAACCUGGCACCUCUAUGCCAGCUGCGACGGAGAGACGAAUGCAAAUUAUGAGCGCCGAUGAGCCUUAUUUCAUUGUGAAUGUGAAAUUGAUCGAUGCCGGUGUAUAUACUUGUACAGCUAAUAAUUCUGCCGGCGUGAUUACGGCCAAUGCUACGCUGACUGUGCUAGAACCUCCGAUGUUUUCUAAAAUAAUGAAAAACAAAGAAACGAUGACCGGUGACGCUGUAGUUUUAGAAUGCAUGGCGGGCGGAUCGCCUAAACCUAAAAUAACGUGGACCAAAGAUGGUAAACCGAUAAGUUUAACUAAACGUCAUUACUUAGCUGCCGACGAUCAAUUAUUAUUCAUUAUGGAUACGAUUCUCGCCGAUAUGGGCGUUUACGAAUGUGAACUCUCCAAUACACUAGGAUCAGUUAAAGGUCGUUCAAAAUUGACUGUAUUGUCAGUUUCAGAACAUUAUAACGCUGCAAAAGAAGCCCAAACCAUGAAAGAAAUCAACAACGAAGUAGUCAUCGGUAUAGUAAUCACAACGUUCGUGCUGAGUAUCGUAAUCACGUCCGCGUUUUGGGUCAUCGUAAUAUACUUGACGCGUAGAAAUCGCCGAACUAUUCGUACACCGAUGUCGCCUAUCGAUAGUAAAUCGGAAAAUUCAUCUCAUAGUAGCAAAGAUAGCGGUACUGGCGAUUCGACUAAACGAAGUUAUCAAGAUUUGCUGCUCACUACAGGAAACGCGAAUCAUUCAUCUAUAAUGCACGGAAGCCAUUCAGAGUCACCUUCUCCGGUACCCGAGUCAACGUUACCUUUACUAACCACCUUUCAUCCGAUUUCGAUCGAUAGUUCGCCUUACGUCAAAGACGGCACGUGCACUAAAAGCAGCAAACACAGCCACGCAUCUUCUCUAACUCCGGUCCAUUAUCAGAAUAAACCGCUGGAUCACUCUCAAGGUAUAUUCUGCGCUUCGCCGGCCAGUUCGAACGGCGUUCAGUGCGCCUGUUUGACGGCCACGUUCAAGAAAAAAGCCGAAAUGUGCGAUUGUUUCUCGAACAGCAGUCCGGUAAAGCAUAAUUGCGUGGUAAACCAUUGCAAUACUAUGACUAGCGAACACGACGCUGUAUCUUGUUACGGCGAUAUCGGUAAAAGACCGUGUUCGAUACCAGUUCCUUUUCAUACCACACAUUCGGUGUCGACGAAUUGCUGUAGGCAUCAUCCUAAUUCGUAUCUGUGCCUGUAUGUGCCUCCAGGACAGCAUAGCGUUCCUCAGUAACGAUAACGAAAACCCGUGUAGAAUUUACUUUACUUUUAUUAUUCAUUUUUAUUUUUCAUUUUGUUCCUAAACCCUCGACGAACUCGAUUUUAGUCAUUUUAACAUAAUUUUUAACUCGCUGUCGCGUGUAUAUAUUGUGAUAUUCGACGAUCCCUUCCCCUUUUCCCCCUCCCCUUCCUCCUUUCUUUCCCCGGACCCUCCCCGUAUAUAAGUAUUGUGCCAUAAUAGUAAGAAUUUUAUUAUACUUUAAUCGUAUUAAGGAAUAUUUUUUUCCUUGUGUCAAUUUUUUGUAAUUUAUUUUCAUUUUUUUUUUUUUUUAGAGUUCGUAUUUUAUGUACUCGUGUAAUGUGAGUUUUUAUGCCCCCCUUUAUAACGGAUAAUUUAUGUAAUCGCGAUACGGAUAAUUUGUAUGUUGUAUUUUAGAGUCUGUGGAUUAACGAAUAUUUUUUUUAUUUUGUUUUUAUGCCAUCAGUAUUAUCGCGUUCGAAUUUGAUCUCGAUUGUAAACAUUUUAUAGUAUUAGAGUGGAUAAGAUUUUUUUUUUUUACAGAAUUUUAACUUUUUCGGGUUAACUUUCAAAUUUUCAUUUUAAUUGUUUAUUUUGUUGUUAUUAGUUUUCUUUCUUCUUUUUUUUUUGGUUUGUUUAUUUUACGUGGUGCUAACAUCUUGUGCGUCGAAACUUGCAACCUUUUUUUUUCAAAAAUUUAUUAUUAUAAAAUUUUACGUAUUUAAAAAUAGUUGGGAGAGCUGUAAACGAAAAGCAUUUUCUUUUUUUACCCUCGUUGGGGUAAAAUGAGUUCCAUUAUUGGUCAAUUUUUGGCUUUAUUCGACCUAUUUACAAGCUCAUUAUUUAUCUCUCCCUUCAAUUUAAUUUUUAGAAUGAAAUUCUGUUUUUCUAAAUACUCGAAUAAUUAAUUAAAUACGUCUAGAAAUGAUGAGAGGUGAUGAUCCAAAAAAUCACAACUAAAUUUAGUUGCAAGUUUUGAUCGUUUCAACAAUAUUUCUUUCAAUUCAAAACAGACUGAAUUUUAUCUCGAUUUAUUCGUCAUAAUAAUUGCUUAAGACCGACAAAAAAAAAUCAGCGAAACUGUGUUCUAAUCAACUUAAUCCGUUCUUUUUUUCAAUUACUGGCUCAUUUUUGACAGGGUUUUUAUAUUUUUAUGUUUUCAAUCAAUGAUAAUCAACGUCAAAAUGUUUAAAUCAGAGAAAGCCAAGUGAUGUAAUUUUUUUUUACGUGAAUUUGACUAGAUUUUUAUACCGGAUUUUUUUUUU